AUGCCAUCAUACAUCGGUGCUAUCGAUCAAGGAACAACUUCUUCUCGUUUUUUGAUUUUCGAUGAAAAUGGAAAAAUUGUAGCAAUUCAUCAAAUUGAAUUCCCUCAAUACUAUCCUCAUCCUGGAUGGAUUGAACAUAAUCCAAAUGAAAUUUUAGACACUGUUUCAAAAUGUGUUAAUGAUGCCAUUAACCAAUUUUUAAAUGAUAAAACUCGUUCUAUUAAAGAUAUCAAAGCCAUUGGUAUCACUAACCAACGUGAAACAUUUAUUGCAUGGGAUAAAAAUACUGGAAAACCUCUCUAUAACGCUAUUGUUUGGUGUGAUGUUCGCACUCUUGAUUUAGUUCAUAAUUUGACUGAACAAAUUGAACACGGCGUUGAUAUAUUUAGGAAGUCAUGUGGGUUGCCAAUAUCCACGUAUUUUUCGGCUGUGAAAUUGUUGUGGAUGAUUAAAAAUGUUCCUGCUGUAAGAGAUGCUCACAAUAAUGAUACCCUUUUAGUUGGAACUGUUGAUACUUGGCUAAUUUGGAAUUUAACCGGUGGAAUCAAUGGGGGUUUACAUAUCACUGACGUCACAAACGCCUCUCGUACUAUGUUCAUGGACCUUAAUACUUUAGAAUGGAAUCAACACAUCCUUGACUUUUUUAAUGUUAAAAAAUGUUGUCUUCCUAAGAUAUGCUCAUCUUCCGAAGUCUAUGGUCACAUUAAAAUAAGAGAUACUGAAAUUCCAAUCGCUGGAAUUUUGGGUGAUCAACAAGCUGCUUUAGUGGGUCAAAAAUGCUUUAAAAGUGGUGAAGCUAAAAACACUUAUGGUACUGGUUGUUUUAUGUUAUUUAACACCGGUACUACCCCUUUUUUUUCAAAAACCGGUCUACUCACAACCGUUGGAUACAAAUUUGGCAAUAUGCCUCCUGUUUAUGCUCUAGAAGGCUCCAUAGCCGUUGCUGGCUCUGCUAUCAAAUGGCUUCGUGAUAAUUUAGGCAUUAUCAAAGAAUCUAAAGAUAUUAAUUCCCUUGCUGCUUUGACCCCAGAUACUGGUGGUGUAUAUUUUGUUACUGCCUUUUCUGGUCUUUAUGCUCCUUAUUGGCGUGAUGAUGCUCGAGGAUGUAUAGUUGGAAUUACUCAGUAUACAAAAAAAGAACAUAUUGCUCGUGCAACUCUUGAAGCUACUUGUUUCCAAACUCGUGCAAUUUUGGACGCUAUGAAUAGUGAUUCUGGUCAUCCUUUAACUUACCUAAAGGUUGAUGGUGGUAUGACUGUUUCGGAUUUGUGUAUGCAAAUCCAAGCUGACAUUCUUGGAAUAGAUGUAGAGCGUCCUGCCAUGAGAGAAACAACCGCAUUGGGUGCAGCUAUUGCUGCUGGUCUUGCUGUUGGCGUUUGGAAGUCUUUAAGUGAUCUGGAUAAAGUUAAUAGCAAUGAUAAUGAUGUUUUUAAACCUCAAAUCUCUUCAGAUAAUUCUACACAGAGAUAUCAACUUUGGCAAAAAGCUGUAGAGAAAAGUUUUGAUAAUCAAUAUGAAUUGGACUAA